AUGAGGCUGUUGACUCUCAUUCCUUUUCUAUCCGUCCUGCUCUGCAGUGUGACGGCGUUCCCUUCCUACGGUGACCUGAGCAAAGUCGACUACUCUGCUUUCCUCGAAAAAGCUGCCAAGAUCAAGGGAGGCGAGGAGCUUGUCAAGCGAGCCACGAACCACAGCGGUAACACUGGCUUCGAGCAGCGUACCUUGCACGCCCUCAUCAACCCUGCCAGCUUCAAGUUCAAUCCCCAAGAGCAGCACGUCGACCUGACCUCGGAGGAGCACAAGUUCAUCCCUCCCGGUCCCAACGAUAUCCGUGGCCCUUGUCCCGGUCUCAACCUGUUGGCCAACCAUGGGUACCUGAACCGUAACGGUGUGACCAACCUGUUCCAGGGAAUCGAUGCCAUCGGCAAAGUGUUUGGUGUCGAGUUCGACCUGGGCCUCGCCUUGAAUGCCUAUGCUGUGGUGUUCAACGGCAACAUCCUCGACCUGAGCUGGUCCAUCGGUGGUCCGUAUCAGUCCGAGGGGCUUGGAAAGGUUACCGAUAUUCUGCUCGGUACCCCCGGCGGCAUCGAUGCGCACAACAUCUACGAGGGUGAUGCUUCGAUUGUGCGACAGGACUACUACCAGCCCGGUGCGAACCACGACAACGUCCAGGUGCACCUUCCCUACUUCCAGGACCUUCUCGAUCUCGGCAACAACGACCAGACUGAGGGCAAGGAUGUAUACACGGCCGAGUUGAUGCUCAAGCACAAGUCCAACCGAUGGCACCAGUCUGUGGCGGUCAACCCGUUGUUCUUCAACUCGGCGUUCGGUGGACUGGUCGUCACAACCGCGGCCGAGCGAUUCGUCGCUGAGUUUGCGGCGAACAACACCGUCGAUGAGAACGGAUACAACCGACUGUACCUCGACGAGAAGAACCUGUUGGCCUUCUUCUCGGUGGAGCGAACCGAGCAGGGUCUCAAGUACACUCCGGGACACGAGAGGCUGCUGCCCAGCUGGACCCGCCGUCCGCUUGCCGCUACGUUCGGUCUGGACGACAUUGUGCUGACCCUGCUCAGCGCCGCCGCCAUCGACCCCAGCCUGCUGAGUGUCGGUGGUAAUGCCGGAAAGGUCAACACGUUCACCGGUGUCGAUGUCGGCAACCUCACCGGGGGUGUGUACAGCCUCGAGACGCUGCUGAAGGAUCCCCAGGCGCUCUCUUGCUACCUCUACCAGAUCGGCAUCGAGGAACUGGUGCCCACUCAGAUUAAUGCGCUCUACAAAGCCUCGGGACAGGCUCUGGACUUUGUUGGAAAGUACCUCACGGCUCCUUGGAAGAAGCUGGCAACUGCGGGUGGUAACCCCUGCAACAGCUUCAACUCCAACAUUGCGCAGCACUACAGCAAGUUCCCCGGAUCCAAGAUCGAGAGGAACGGACAGGCAGGUCUUCUGACCAACUUGCUCGGACUCGCAAAGAAGCGUCGUCGCAGCGUUGCCAACUAA